AUGGUACACAGCACGGAGUUCUGUAUCUGCUGGAGACCGGCGGUGUGCUGGUCUCCGCUGACCCCGGGAAGCCCACCUCUGCUUCCCACUCCCGAUGCCGCUGCUGGGAUGGUGCGGUCGCAGGCCCUGCCUGGGAUCGUGGCGGUUGAGGCCCCUCCCCCUCUUCCUCCCCGCUCUCACCCCCUCUUCCUCCUUUUUCCGCUCUUCCCCCUCCUUGCCCUCUUCCUCCCCCUCUCUUCCUCCCCGCUCUCCCCCUCCUGCCUCUUCCUCCCUCUCUUCCUCCCCGCUCUCCCCUCCUGCACUCUUCCUCCCCCUCUUCCUCCCCCGCUCUCCCCCUCCUGCCUCUUCUUCUCCCUCCUCUUCCUCCCGCUCUCUCCCUCUCCCCUCCUGCCUCUUCCUCACCCUCUUCCUCCCCGCCUCUCCCCCUCCUUGCCUCUUCCCUCCCUCUCUUCUUCCUCCCCGCUCUCCCCCUCCUGCCUCUUCACUCCCCCUCUUCCUCCCCCUCUCCCCCUCCUGCCUCUUCCUCCCUCUCUUCUUCCUGACCCCGCCUCUCCCCCCUCCUGCCUCUUCCUCCCCCUCUUCCUCCCUCCGCUCUCCCCUCCUGCCUCUGUCUUCCUCCCUCUCUUCCUCCCGCCGCUCUCCCCCUCCUGCCUCUUCUCCCCCUCUUCCUCCCCGCUCUCCCCCUCCCUGCCCUUUCCUCCCUCUCUUUCCUCCCCGCUCUUCUCCCCCUCCUGCCUCUUCUUCCCCCUCUUUCCUCCCCUCCGCAUGCUCUCCUCCCCCUCUCUGCCUCUUCCUCCCUCUCUUCCUCCCCGCUCUCCCCCUCUGCCUCUUCCUCCCUCUCUCUUCUUCCCCGCUCUCCCCCUCCUGCCUCUUCCUCCCUCUCUUCCUCCCCGCUCUCCCCCUCCUGCCUCUUCUCCCUCUCUUCCCUCCACCGCUCUCCCCCUCCUGCCUCUUCCUCCCCCUCUUCCUCCCCUCUCUUCCUCCCCGCUCUCCCCCUCCUGCCUCUUCCUCCCCCUCUUCCUCCCCCGCUCUCCCCCUCCCUCUCUUCCUCCCCCCCGCUCUCCCCCCUCCUGCCUCUUCCUCCCUCUCUUCCUCCCCCCUCCUGCCUCUUCCUCCCACUCCCCCUCCUCCCCCUCCCCUGCCUCUUCCUCCCUCUCUUCCGCUCCCCGCUCUCCCCCUCCUGCCUCUUCCUCCCUCUCUUCCUCCCGCUCUCCCCCUCCUGCCUCUUCCUCCCCGCUCUCCCCCUCCUGCCUCUUCCUCCCCCUCUUCCUCCCCGUUCUCCCCCUCCUGCCUCUUCCUCCCCCUCUUCCUCUCCCUCUCUUCCUCCCGCUCUCCCCCUCCUGCCUCUUCCUCCCUCCUCUUCCUCCCCGCUCUCCCCCCUCCCUGCCUCUUCCUCCCUCUCUUCCUCCCCGCUCUCCCCCUCCUGCCUCGCUUCCUCCCUCUCUCUUCCUCCCCGCUCUCCCCCUCUCCCUCUGCCUCUUCCUCCACUCUUCCUCCCCGCUCUCCCCCUCCUACCUCUUCCUCCCCCUCUUCCUCCCCGCCUCUCCCCCCCUUCCUCCUCUUCCUCCCUCCUCUUUCCCCCGCUCUCCCCUCUCCUGCCUCUUCCUCCCUCCUCCGUCUUCCUCCCUCUCUUCCUCCCCGCUCUCCCCCUCCUGCCUCUUCCUCCCCCUCUUCCUCCCCGCUCUCCCCCUCCUCCUGCCACUCUUCCUCCCCCUCUUCCUCCCCGCUCUCCCCCUUCCUGCCUCUUUCCUCCCCUCUUCCUCCCCGCUCUCCCCCUCCUGCCUCUUCCUCCCCCUCUUCCUCCCCGCUCUCCCCUCCUGCCUCUUCCUCCCCCUCUUCCUCCCCGCUCUCCCCCCCCUCCUGCCUCUUCCUCCCCCUCUUCCUCCCCGCUCUCCCCCUCCUGCCUCUUCCUCCCCUCUUCCUCCCCGCUCUCCCCCUCCUGCCUCUUCCUCCCCACACACUCAGGAAUGUCUCAAAGCGACACAUGUGAACUCUUGUUUACAGCACACUCCAGCAUUCUCUUCCUCAUGGAACCACUUGCACAACAAACCCUAA